CGGGUCAUCAGCCAUUGCUUCCGUUUAGAAAAGUCUCAGUUUUCCUAAGACGCUCGGUUACGUUUCCUGUAACCCUGUGUCUAAUUUUUGGUACAUAAUCUUACUCCUUCUGCCGAAAGAGUGGGAUUGAACUUGUGUGUGAGCAGUCAUGAAGCUGGUCAGGUUUUUAAUGAAACUGAGCCACGAAACUGUCACAGUGGAGCUAAAAAAUGGGACUCAAGUUCAUGGCACAAUUACAGGUGUCGAUGUUAGCAUGAAUACACAUUUGAAAGCUGUCAAAAUGACUGUCAAAAACAGAGAGCCUGUUCAAUUGGAGACAUUAAGUAUUCGAGGAAAUAAUAUCCGAUACUUUAUUCUGCCAGAUAGUUUGCCUCUUGACACUUUACUUGUUGAUGUUGAGCCAAAAGUAAAGUCAAAGAAAAGAGAAGCUGUUGCUGGUCGUGGCAGGGGACGCGGCCGUGGCAGGGGACGUGGUCGUGGCAGGGGACGAGGUGGUCCAAGGCGAUAACAAGCUGAUAAUACUCAACGGAAAAUUGGCUUUUGAA